CAACUAAAAUUCUUUAUAUUCAAGACAAAAGGGUCCCUGUUAAGUGUUACCUUAAUUCAACUUUAUAGAUAGAAUAUUGUUACCCAAAGUCGAAGUAAGUUUGGUAGGAAGCAGAUUGCAGAAUUUUCAUUAUGAGGGCAAUUUCGUAUUCUAACAAAAAGCAACCUUAAACAAUGCUUGCAAGAUCUGUCUGCAGGGGGAAAAUGGGGUGCUUUUGAUGGUUCAACAUCUCUGCAUCAGCAUCUCAUAUGUGGAGAGUUGUUGUUAGAAUUCAUAUGUGGUUUUGAGAGUCUAUCUUGAUCAUAAGAAACCAUACAAGUCUCCUUUGCUGUUAGGUGUUAGGUUGUCUGCUUUGUGGUUCAGUUGUUUAGGAAGAUUGGUCACUAAACGAUAUAUCCCUUAAGAUAUCAUUGGAUCGGUCUAGAGGGCUUGGAUAAUGAACCAACCACCAUCUGCGAAAGGGCCGUCUCCCUUGACAGCAGCAUCAAAGACGAAGGAGUUGGAUUUUCCACUCCACGCUCUGGGAUUUGAGAUUGAUGAUGUCUCACCUACCAAAAUUUCUGGCCACAUUGUUGUUACGACAAAAUGCUGCCAGCCCUUCAAAGUGCUACAUGGAGGAGUUUCAGCGCUGAUUGCAGAGUCGUUAGCAAGCAUGGGCGCUCAUCUGGCAUCGGGACUGCAGAGGGUGGCUGGGAUACACCUGAGCAUCAAUCACCUCAAGAGUGCUAAGUUGGGCGACUUUGUAGUUGCCGAAGCUACACCAUUCAGCGUUGGAAGAACUAUUCAGGUGUGGGAGGUGCGUCUUUGGAAACGUGAUGCUUCAAACGCAGAGAUGAAGACAUUGAUUUCAUCUUCAAGAGUUACUCUUCUGUGUAACAUGCCUGUCCCAGAAUCAGCUAAAGAUGCUGCUGAUGGUCUCAAAAAAUAUGCCAAAUUAUGAACUUCAAUUCAAUUCUUGCAUCCCACCAUUGUCUAUUAAGAAAAAUAACAGACACGUCUCUUAAAUGUAUUAUACAGAAUAAUUUGUGUGUAUAUUCACGUAUGUUUACCGGCCAAUGUAUAUUUGUCUGGAGCGGAUUAUGGGAGACAUUAAACCUUAUUCGGCAAAGCUUAUUUUGGACUUCAAAUAAAAAGGAAGCCACUUAUACCACUACUAUUAUUAAAUUUA